AUGUUCACAAUGGUGGCUAACAACAAACUGAUCAUCCUCGUGUUGCUCAUCUCCCUGCUUCCUCACAUCAUCUUUUCCUCCGCGUCAGCACAAGAACUUGACACGAAGGCCUACGUGGACUCGUGGUGCCAGGAAACCAAAUACCAGAAUCUGUGCGUACGGUCGCUGACUCCUUAUGUGCGUUCACGGACUAUCCAAAGUCCAGAAGAACUGGUCCUAUUCGUGGUUAAAGAAAGCCUCAACCUAGCCAACAACACAAAGGCGUUCUUGUUAAGCGAAACGCUGAGGCCCCAAUUCAACGCGUUUUUUAGUGUCAGCGCGUCUCUGUUGACAGCUAUCGUGAAAGAUCUGACCGAAAUAUUAUCGGCGCUGAGCAACGGAGCCGAAGGAGAUGGGGGCAUAAAACUCGGAAACAACCUGCAGAGGUGGACAAGCACAGUUCUCACAGACGCGGAAACUCUCGUGAGUAAGCUCCAGGGAAGGAGGCUGAGCAAGUUGGAGGCUACUAUUAAAGAGAAAGUGAAGAAUGUUGAGGAAACCACAAGCAAUGCUGUCGCCAUCAUCAAGCACUACGCUGCUACUAGGCACUGAGCCCGACGCCCUUGACCGUUGCCUCAACUAAUUAUUGUCUCUUGAUCACACAUAUAUAAUUUGCUGUUUUCUACUUGUUGAUCUUUGUCGUAAUUAAUUUUACGUAUGUUC